AUGACUUCUCCCAGUGGUACCUCCACUGUCCCCCACUUCAAAUUCCGCCAUCGCGGGGAGACGGUGGACUGGCGGCAGAUGUACAAGGUGGACAUAAACCAUGUAAAAAGCCACUUGGAUAUAGAAACUCUGCAGGAGCACAUCAAGGAAGUGAUGUUGUGCAGCCUGGAUGGGGAGCGGUGCCAGGAGUGCCGGAGCCCGGUGGACCCGGGCCUUCUCAAGGUCCUGCAGCUGGCGCAGCUCUCGAUGGAGUGGCUGCUCCACUGCCAGGAAGUCCUCAGCCUCAACCAUCAUGCGGUGGAGGAGAGGCUGAAGUGUCCAAUUUGUAAGAAGGGGUUCUUCACUCCACAAUUCCUACGGAGCCACAUGGAACGCCGUCAUCCGGAGGACCAUGAGAGCCAGCUGCAGUCGGAUCGGGAAAUUAAAUCUCAGAUCAAUAAUCUGAAGAUGGAGAUCAGCGGCUUGAGGGGGCGGAACGUUCAGCUGCAGCAGAACCUGGAGCUCAAAACAGCUCAGGAGAAGCGACUUGAGAGUGAGCUAGACCAUUUCAAAGCUGAGGAGAUGGCUCGCUUUGAGCGAGUCCAAACCGACUCUGCUCGCUCCCAGGAACAACUCCUCCUGAAGCUGGAGCUGCAGCUGAAGGAGCAGGAGAAGCGACUUGAGAGUGAGCUAGACCAUUUCAAAGCUGAGGAGAUGGCUCGCUUUGAGCGAGUCCAAACCGACUCUGCUCGCUCCCAGGAACAACUCCUCCUGAAGCUGGAGCAGCAGCUGAAGGAGCAGGAUGAAUCGUGGAAAUCCAUCCUGCACCAGACCAAGGAACACCAUGACUCUGAAAUGAAUAAGAUGGUAAAUAUUCCCUCCAACACCAAAGAAGUGGAAGAACCAGUGGUGGUCUGCGCACUGGCACCAGAGCCCAAACCAUCGAGGGUUGUUCUUGACUCGAGCAGCGCCUCUGAGCUGGAACAGAGUUCGAGCAUGAUGAAUCUAAGUGGUGUAAAGAGCAAGGAUUUCACUUUCUUCAUGGCCAAAGUGAAUUCAUUGGAGGACCAAGCAAAGGAGGUGCCUGGUUACUGGCGCUGUCGGGGGGAGCUCGACCUCAGCUUGGACGAGAAGAUGAGCGCCAGAAUGAUGACAGAAGCUCCUCCAGAGCCUCAGGCUCCAUCUGGACAAGCGGUUCAAGGCAAAGAGUCCAAGACUCCCCAGCCAGCGCCGAGGGCCGAGAGCACCACCAAAAGGGUUCCCACGGUGGAGGACACGUUUCAGGAGGGCCAGGAGAAGGAAGAACAACAGGAUAAAGAGAAAAUCAAGGCGGAAGACAACGCUAUUGAAAUGUCCGAGGACUUCGAUGGCCAGAUGCAUGAUGGGGAUGAGAAAGAACCAGGUGAAGAUGAAGACUCUGCUAAAGAGGACCAGGAGGAUCUGGACAAAAAGAUGGGGAACCUGGGUGAAGGCGAGACUGACACUCUGGAUGAGAGGAUGUGGGGAGAUGAUGAGGAUGAUGAUGAGGAGGAGGAAGAGGAAAGGGACCAGGAGGAAGAGUCUGGCCAGGGCAUGGACCAGGGUGAAUCCGAGCUGGUUGCCAAAGACGACAACUUGGACGCUGAAGAGCCAAACAAAGACAAGAAAAACCAGGAUAAAGAUGAACAGAUGGUUGAGGAGGAGAAAGAAAAGAUCCACGAGCAUGGAGAUGAGAGGGAGUUUGAUGAGAAUGAAGUGGAUUCGUACCACGGUCAGCAGGACAAGAGGCCUGAGGCUGAGGCCAUGGAUCUCCCCGAGGAUCUCAAUCUGGACCAGGAUGAAGAACCUGGAGAGGAUGGAGAGGGCGAGGGUGACGAAAAGAAUCCCUUAGACAUUGAUGAAAAAGCCAUGGACCUGGAUGAGAAGGAGGAUGGAGAGAAAGAUGGAGGAGAGGAUGAAGGAGCAGAGGAGAUGCAGGAGGAACAGACAGACCUACCAGGAGAGGAGAAGGAGAAGGAGAAGGAUCAAGAGCCCAAGACUGAAGAGGAGGAGGGAGAAGGAGAGAAAAAAGGAGUUGACGAGGAGUCUGCUGCGCAAGAUGAAGAGGAGGAGGAGAAGGAGAAGAGUGGACAAGAGGCAGGAAGAGAUGAAGAUCAGACUGUUCGCGAUGACAAAGGAGACAAACCAAAAGAUGAAGAGGAGGAGGGUGGGGAUGAGGAGCAGCCAGAGUCAGCAGAGAGGAAGGAGCAUGACCGAGACGGUCAGACUGGAGAGGAGAAUGUCCAGAGUGACACAGCUGUGGAGCUGGGAGGAGAAGCGUCGGAGAAAGACCAAGCUAAAGAGGAACAUGGGAGCGGGGCAGCUGAUGCCAGCCAAGCAGAUGGUCACCAGUCAAAGCUGACGGCUAGAAUGGCUGCACAGACACAGACUCAGAGCAAGACUCAGAGCUUCAAGAGGAAGCCUGGCCACGCGGACAACGAGCGAUCGACAGGCGACUACAACGAACAAAUAAACAAGCGUCUGCGUACAGUGGAGAGCAGCAAGGACAGAAGUGCAGACAACAGGCCGAGCGACGCCCAGCAGGAUUCUGAGCUGUACGAGCACAUCAAACAGGGAGAGACGGCCUACGACACUCAGACAUACGAUGUGGCAAGUGCAGACCAGCAGAAAGCAGCGGGGCCUCAGCAGGACCAGGAUCAGAAAGAUGAGGAUGUUGCCAUGGAAACAGAGGACCAGGAAGAGGACCUCCGUGCCGCUGACGUCCAGGAGCUGAAGCCUGAGCAGCUGGAUUCAACCAAGGCCUCCCAGAAAGGUGUAGACAGUGGGGAGAUGGACGUGCAGAGGCAGGGCGAGGAGGAGGAGGACCAGGAGAGAUGGAAGGACCGCCAGCGUCUCGCAGAAGAUAGGCGAGCAGAGAGAAGCACAGAAUCCACAAUUCACACUAUUCCUGAGCUGCUGAUGGACACCAUGGAGAAAGCAGAGAGAGACCCAGAGGAGAUCAGGAGGGAGAUGGAGCUGCAGCUGGAGGCCUGGCACAAACUGGCUCCAGGAGCUCAGGAGGAGGUGAGAGGAGAUUACCGCACAGGGAAGCGUCUGAACAUGAGGAAGGUCAUCCCCUACAUCGCCAGUCAGUUCCGCAAAGACAAGAUCUGGCUGAGGAGGACCAAGCCCAGUAAGAGAGAGUACCACGUCUGUCUGGCUGUGGAUGACUCCUCCAGUAUGGUGGACAACCACUCCAAACAGCUGGCGUUUGAAUCCCUGUCAGUGAUCAUCAACGCUCUCACUCUACUGGAGGUCGGACAGGUGUCUGUGUGCAGCUUUGGCGAGCAGGUGCAGCUGCUCCACCCCUUCCAGCAGCAGUUCAACGACGAGUCCGGGGCUCGGAUCCUCCGACUGUGUCAGUUCCAGCAGAAGAAGACCAGAAUAGCUCAGUUUAUGGAGACUUCCACCAAAAUGUUUCUCGCUGCUCGGCAGCAGAUUCCAGGAUCUGUAAACUCAGACACGGCCCAGCUGCUGGUCAUCGUCUCUGACGGCAGGGGUCUCUUCCUGGAGGGGAAGGAGCGGGUGACGGCAGCAGUGCGAGCAGCUCGCAGUGCAAAUGUGUUUGUCAUCUUCGUGGUUCUCGACAACCCCAACUCACGGGACUCCAUCCUCGACAUCAAGGUCCCCAUAUUCAAAGGGCCGGGGGAACUCCCAGAGAUCCGCACCUACAUGGAGGAGUUCCCCUUCCCCUUCUACGUCAUCCUGCGAGACGUCAACGCCCUGCCGGAGACGCUGAGCGACGCUCUCAGGCAGUGGUUUGAACUGGUCACGGCAGCCGACCAAUGAGAAGCCAUCUUUCACACAAAGGGAAGAAGUGUGCGGCGACCCACUGCACAAUGCCACUCUGCUGCUAAGCUUCUCAGCCAGAACUGAAAAUCAACAGAACAAAAAAAUAAAACAGAAGACGGAUUUACCGCUGUACAUGUGCCUUUAUUUUCCUAUUUUUACUGUAGAUUUUAGUAGAGUUUAAUAGCAACCUUUGCUGUUUUGUCUGAUUUCAUUGCGUGUGAACCACCUCAGUGAAGGGUCAGUAAAUACCUCUGUCCACCUUGUACAAUACCCCCAGACCGUCUGUUUGUCCGUGUGGAUGGGACAGUCAGUGCUGCAGAGAUCAUCCAGUCAUCCAUGUGUGAACACGACAGACAUGCAGAGCUGUGCUUUGUGUAAAAUGGACGUCACGACCUACAGUAGCAUGUUGUCGUGGUCGUGACUGAGGAACUCCUAAAUGUGCCUUGGAGAGGAGAACAGUGUUGCAUCUCCCUCCACAGCUGGAUCAGCUGCUGGUUGAGGAGUCGGAGGCACGGCCACAGCUCUGUCACCGAUUUUUUAGAAACUCCGAUCUCACACACUUUGAAGCACAACGACAGUUCCGCAGAUUCCAGUUUUGAGUGAAUGCCCCAGAAUUACCAGCGUGUGUGGUUUGAAGAUGACACAUCUGCUGAGCGACGGCUCAUCAACGUGUCUGUUAGGACUAGAUGAAAUGUGCAUUGAAAUGUUUCUCAUCACCUCUGUGUUUCGUAGCGUACAUGUAAGUGUCAGAAGACACUGGCCAUUUUUAAGAGCAUCCAUCUGUUAAAUCAUGACACGAAUGAUCCUGACAAUAAACUGUUUAAAAAGUA